AUGCCGCGCCUCACCGAUCUCAUCACAGCUCAUCCGGCCCCUUUCCACACAUUCGAAUUCUUCCCACCUCGAACCGAAGCGGGUUUCGUGAACCUCCUCGACCGUGUCAGGCGACUCGCACAACCGCCCCUUCCAGCGCCGCUGGCAGUCUCGGUGACAUGGGGCGCGGGCGGAGCAACCGCCGAGAAAUCUCUAGAGCUGGCGGAGGAGGUCGUCAAGCUCGGUCUGGACGUGGUGCUUCACUUGACGUGUACGAAUAUGCCUAAAGAGAAGGUCGAUGAUGCUUUGACGAAUGCCCGCGCUCUCGGUAUACAUAACAUACUCGCACUCCGAGGCGACCCUCCUCGUCCCGAAGAGUACUCGCUCCCUACCGAAGCCCCCCUCCCCGACUUCUUCCAACACGCCGACGAUCUCGUCCGGUAUAUUCGGCAGACGCACGGCGAUUUCUUCUGCGUCGGCGUAGCGGGUUAUCCAACGCCGCAUGUGGACUCGGCGAAUGAGGCGGAUGAUCUCAAGUGGUUGAAGGCGAAAUGCGAUGCAGGGGCGGACUUUAUCUUGACGCAGCUGUUUUACGAUGUGGAGGGGUUUGAGAAGUGGGUAGGGAGUGUCCGGGAAUCAGGUAUAACACUACCGAUUAUACCCGGUAUCAUGCCAAUUCAAAACUUUGCCUCAUUCCGCCGGCUGGUCAAGCUCACUCAAUGUCCCGUGCCGGACUCGAUCAUGGCCGAUCUGGAGCCUAUCAAGACCGAUGAUUCCGCCGUCAAGCAAUACGGUGCCCAGCUCGCUACACGCAUGGUCAAUCGCCUAAUCAGCUCCAAGCUCGUCCCCGGUGUGCACUUCUGCACACUCAACCUCGAAAAGUCCGUCCGGACCAUCCUCGAAUCCCUCGACUGGGUCAAGACGCCCGCUUCCGAGCACUCGUCCCCCUUGUUGAGACAUAACAAACUCAUCAUCGAGGACGAGGAUGAUACCUCCCGACGUACCAGCUCCGUCAGUGGCAUGUCGAUCAGUCCUAGCGAGGCGAGCCAGCUCGCACAGUGGGGCUUGACGAACCGGGCGCUGCAACCUGCACCGAAGAAGGGGCUGGGGACGCAAGGCGUGGGGAUGGGCGGGCAGGUGGAGAAGAAUGCAAAGGCAGAAGAUAGCUGGGACGAGUACCCGAACGGGCGGUUCACGGAUAUCAGGUCUCCGGCCUAUGGAGAGAUUGACGGAUGGGGUUCUGGACUCAAAACCAAUGCGAACCAAGCGCUCUUAGAAUGGGGAACACCCACCACGUCUGCCGACCUAUCCGCUCUUUUCUGCGCAUACCUCAACUCCCUCCCCUCGGCACCUACCACCCCCUUCUGCGACCUCCCCCUCUCGCCCGAAUCGCAGACGAUUCUUCCGCGGCUCAUCGCCCUCAAUUCGCCAGAUAAGCAGUACUGGACGGUAGGCUCCCAGCCCGCCGUGGACGCCGCGUACUCGGACGACCCUAUCCAUGGAUGGGGACCAAAAGGGGGAUAUGUGUUCCAGAAGGCCUUCGUGGAGUUCUUUGUGCCGACCAAGGAGAUGGACCGGAUCGAGGAGCGAUUGAAGCGGGCAGGAGGGGAGGCUGUGAGCAUGUACGCUGCGAACAAGGCUGGCGACUUCCGUACCAACACCCUCAGCGACGCCGUGAAUGCCGUCACGUGGGGUGUCUUUCCCGGUCAAGAGAUUGUCCAGUCGACCAUCAUCGAGGAGACCUCAUUCCUUGCAUGGAAGGAAGAGGCGUUUGAGAUCUGGUCAGAGUGGGCUAGGCUGUAUCCCCGAGGAUCGGAAUCGCGGACGCUGCUCGAUGGGGUGGGGGAGCAGUGGUGGUUGGUCAGUUUGAUACAUCACGACUAUAAGGACAAGGAGGGGCUCUGGGAGUUCUUGUUGAGCGAGUAG